GGCGCGUGCGCAGCGGCGCCGGGCCGGGCAUGGACGGCGCUCGGCUCCGGGGCCGGACCUGAGCUCAGGAUGAAGGAGUGGUGGAUCCAGGUGGGCCUCCUGGGCAUCCCCCUUCUUGCUGUCUACCUGCACAUCCCUCCCCCCCAGCUCUCCCCAGAACUUCACUCCUGGAAAGCUUCUGGCAGGUUCUUCACAUACAAGGACAGGAACAUCUUCUACCAAGACUCAUGGGGUGCAGUUGGGAGCUCAGAAAUAGUGGUGCUUUUACACGGCUUUCCAACCUCUAGCUACGACUGGUGCAAGAUCUGGGAAGGCCUGACCCAGAGGUUUCACCGGGUGAUUGCCCUUGAUUUCCUAGGUUUUGGCUUCAGUGACAAACCAAGACCCCAUAAUUACUCCAUCUUUGAGCAGGCCAGCAUUGUGGAGGGGCUGCUGGGACAUCUGGGACUUCAGAACCAGAGAAUUAACCUUCUCUCUCAUGACUAUGGGGAUACCGUGGCUCAGGAGCUGCUUUACAGGUACAAGCAUAAUCGGACUGGUCGGGUUCUCAUCAACAGCCUUUGUCUGUCAAAUGGAGGUAUCUUUCCUGAGACUCACCAUCCCACCUUACUCCAGAAGCUGCUUAAAGAUGGAGGCCUGAUAUCUCCCAUUCUCACUCGCCUGAUGAAUUUCUUCUUCUUUGCUAGGGGCCUUGCGGUGGUCUUUGGACCAUACACACGACCCUCAGAAGCUGAGAUGUGGGACAUGUGGGCUGGGAUUCGAACCAAUGAUGGCAAUCUGGUCAUUGACAGGCCUUGUGGUCUCACUAGAGUGUGGGUUUCCUUGGCUCACACACCAACUCUCACUAAUCUGUCCCUGAAGUCUCUUAGAGUACAUCAACCAGAGGAAGAAGCAUCGAGACCGCUGGGUAGGGGCUCUCGCCUCCAUGGCAGUUCCUCUUCAUUUCAUCUAUGGGCCAUUAGAUCCAGUGAAUCCUCAUCCAGAAUUUAUGAAUCUGUACAGGAAAAUGUUACCCCAGUCCACAGUGUCGAUUCUGGAUGACCACAUUAGCCACUAUCCACAGCUUGAGGAUCCUAUGGGUUUUCUGAAUGCAUAUUUGAACUUCAUCAACUCUUUCUGAAGGAGGAAGAAUUGUUUUCCUUGCUUUAUUUCCUUUUCAGUCUUAGUUUCAAAUUAGGAACUGAUGCCUCAAAGAGGGAUCAUAACUAUAUCCCAUCACUAAACAAUACCCUGAAGUAACACCAUGAGCUUCAACGGGUUUUAUCUCGUGUCCCAUCCACUUCCUGUUCAGGCUGUCGAUCAAAAAGACUUGGUAAUGUCUUCAUGUUAGAGAUUCUAAUCGACCCUCCCAAAUCUUUCAAACAAAAAGCCAGCAACAUUCUUUUAUACAAAAGGUUUUAAAGUUAUGGACUCUUAGAAUUUGAAGAUGCCACUUUCAAUCCCAAUUACAUAAUCCUGCAAUAUGCAACUUCUCUUAAACUAUAUGCUUGCAAGUUCUAUAACCAACAUGUAGCAUCACAGCAAGCCAGAUUCUCUGUUUUGGUCAUGCUUUUGGAUUUCUUUUACCAUCUUGUUAAAGUGUAAUUUAUAGUUGAAGUACAUCUUACAGACUUAUAUUUCAUUUGUAAGUAUUUUUUUUUUAUAAAGAUACUAAACCAGCAAGUUAUGUUCUGUGGCUGAGUAGUGAAUCUAAUGAAUUAUUAAAUAUGAUUAAUUUUUGUAUGUCAAAUUAAAUCCUGUUUUCAGAGUUACCUAAAAUUUUGAGGCAUGAAGGAUCAAUAAUGUCUGUGAAAAGAACUACUUCUAUCGGCUGAUAUGUAGGCGAGAUUCUCAGCUGAUUGCUGUCUGUUUAUACCUCAGUGUUUAGAAGGAUAUUUCAAAAGAUGUGUCCUUAUCCUGCAAAGGGAUUUUCACCCAAGCCAAUCUGCUCUGUUGAAUUCCUUUUAUGAAGAAUGCUCAAGUGGCCUUCCCUCUUAGCCUGGUUUUUCCUGUUUAACAGAAAGAAUUUGUAGAAAGUUCUGAAAGGCCUUUCAAAGCAAAUGGUGCUGAAUCUUGUUGUUAGCUACAGUUGCAAUGUCUCAGUGAAGCAGGAACAUUCGUUAUUUUAAAGUCUUUUUAUUAGCAACUUCAAGUAUAACAAAUUUUGAAACUGGAAUAAUUGUUUAUUUUCUAUUAAUAAAAAUGAAUUUUGACAAAAGUGGACUCUGGAUUCCUCCCCACCACUUCGGUUACACAAGUUCUCAACUCCACCAGGCGCUUUUGGACACAAUAAGUUAGAGCAAGGAAUGUAAAGAAGUUGAGCAGUUGGAGUAAAAACAACGUGCAUAAGAACAGACACAAGGACAGACGUUUGCUUAGUAGAUCUGCCUAGACAUUUACUUU